UAUCACUUUCCCUUUUCUGGAUUGUGUAACAAAAUUAUCAGAGGAGUUAUUAAUUAAUCCACUGAACUGCUGGAUUUGAGAGAAAUAACAAAUGAUAUUGGAAGACGAUAGAAUGGAAAAUGGAAUAGGAGGCAAAGAUAAUGAAAUCCUAACACCUCGUUUAUCUUCGAUAUUGUAUCUCACACUGAGUGCUAGUAUCGGAGGACUUAUUUUUGGUUAUUACGUUGGAUUUAUCAUUGUUCGGUUUGGUGUGUUAAGUGAUCUUGAUUCUAUUCUGCAAGAAACGGUUCGAACAGGGUUGGUUGGGGCAAUUGUGGGUGCUGCAGCUGGUGGUUGGAUAAAUGAUUGUUGGGGUCGAAAAUUUUCCAUCUUGCUUGCUGAUAUUAGUACUGCGAAUAUAAUGUUUUCAAAGGAACAAUUCCGGUUUUGAUGAUCUUUGCAUUUUAUAGCCUUUCGUGUUCGGUCAGCCUAGAAAACUUUCCAUGGAUCAUAAACUCACAAAUAUACCCGACAGAAGUUAGAGGAAUAUAUGGAGGGACAGCUGCAGCGGUUAAUUGGAUCUUUUUCCUUAUUAUAAUCAUAUUAUCUUAUUUAAUAACUAAAAUCGGAGGGCCUCUCUUCAUGUUUCUACUGAUCAGUUUGUUUUCUUUCUUCGUUUCGUGGCUGAUCCAGUUGUUUGAACCCGACAAUGUCUUUACCAGGAAAAAGUAAAGGUGUUGAGUGAGUUGUAAACACUAUGUCACUGCAAAAGGAUACCAUCAUACAUUU